AGUAGCACACUUUGUUGGCCAACAGUAGGUUUUUGGUUGGCAGUGUUGGCAAGAGAAGGGAGAUGGUUAGUUGGCAGUCCCUACCAUAAUCCACGUUGGGCCACUGGCUACUUUGGUUGGUUCUCCCACCUUAGAAAUUGGCACCAUGAGAGCUGUUGGCCCUCAUGUCACUUUGGUUGGUUCACCCUACAGUAAAAAUGGAACCAUAAGAAACAUUGGCCCUCAUGUCACUGUAGUUGGCUGACCCAACUUUUUUCUUUUUAAAAGUAUUAAUCCUGAUAAUCAUUAAAGGACUUGAAAACAAAUAUAAAAAUUUAAUUUUACGCAACUUUUGUUCAGUACAAUUUUCCCGUCAGGUGCACCAUUUAGGAGAUAUUAGCGGUUUGCACUAUUUCCUUUAGGACUUUGAAAUAAUUUUCAAGUAAAUAUUUAUUUCGCGUGAAAUCACUUUAUGAUCACUUUAUAAUAUGUAUAAUUGAAUUGUAAGCAAUAUUUGUUCAGUACGAUUUUCCCGUCAGAUGCACCAUUUAGGAGAUAUUAGCGGUUUUUGCGCUAUUUCCUUUUAGGACUCUGAAAUAAUUUUCAAGUAAAUAUUUAUUUGGCGUAAAAUCACUUUAUGAUCACUUCAUAAUAUGUAAAAUUAAAUUCUAAGCAAUAUUUGCUCAGUAAGAUUUUUCCGUCAAAUGCACCGUUCACGAGUUAUAGACGUGUUAUGAUAGAUUGUUGGCCGUAAUAUAACUUUGGUUGGCUAGCCCAACAAUCAUUUUUUUUUCUUUUCAUCGAUUUUUAUUUCAAAAGUCAUUGAAGGACUUGAAAACUAAUCAAAAGUUCAAAAAGAGUUUUGUUAUAAAACGUCAAUUAGUGAGUGAAAAUGAAGAGACAAAAUUUAUAAAAAUUGUAUUUUUAUAAAAUGAAAAAAAUUGAUACUACUAUCUAAUAAUACUAUGUGAAAUUAGUCUUAUCAUAGAAAAUUGUAACAUAAUAACAAUAAAUAGUCGAGUUAUUGCAUUUCUAAGUUGAAAACAUUCUCCAUUCUGUCAAAGUCUAUCUUUCCUUUUGAAAUUCAAAUAGCUGAAGCUUUCAGAUUUUGAUUUUUGUUUUGAAAGUCAUACAUUAUUUUGGUGAACAUGAACUUGGAUUUCAAAAUAAUUAUUUUUUAAUGUGGAAUGUGAUAGAUUGUCAUGUAGCUUCACUAUAUUAUGCUUUUAAUAUGAAAAUUAUUUAAAAAACACAGAAUCUGUCAACUGAUGCAUUCAAAUAUCGCGCAGAACUGUAUUCACGCAUGCGCACGGAGCAAUAUAUCGAUAUUAGUGAAAUAUCGAUAUAUCUACUACGCCAUCAUUGACGCCAUUCCAUUUUUAUCCUGUUGUACUUUGUGUUGUGAUGAGAAGCGAACAAAUAUAACCGUGUAUGGUUUCGUCUUUGCUGCAAAGUUUGCUGCAAGAUAAGAUUUCUAUUGAUUAUUAACUUGAAAAAUCGUCUUUGCUGCAAGAUAAGAUUUCUAUUGAUUAUUAACUUGAAAAAUGUAUGCUGUGAUAGAGUUUGGGGGCAGUGAGGAGAACCAGACAGCCGUAGUGAGGGAGGAAUGGCUAACACCAGCUAAGAAAGAGGUUUUCUGGCCACCCUUCAAAGUUUCUACACAAUUCCAUAAGGCUUUGGUUGAAGGCGCAACACCUGACGAAAAAAAGUGGACAUUAUUUCCGGUCAGGCGAUGCCUAUACAUUUGUGAUGAUCUACUGAAGGCUCGUGAGAAAGAGAAAUUGGCGGAGAAGGAGUCUGACAUACAAACGGAUGGUGAUGAAUUACUUGAUGGGAGAAGAAAGAGACGAAAAACUAGCAAGAAACUAUUCAUCAGCAGUGAUGAUUCAUCUGACGACUCCUGCAAAAGAGCAAAAAAAAAUCUUUCCUACAAAAACAAAUGUCAGUAUUACCCCCGUCCGCCUUCACCACCAACAAAUCAGCUACGGGAAGACUGUUCUUCACAAUCAUUAGUUUCCACACCAAAGUCAUUAACUGCAACACUGACACCGACAGACUCUUCAAUUGAAAAAACUGUCACUGAAUCUGGAUUUGCUGUUGUUGCAAGAAAACUUGCAAAACUUGAAAGUGAAGUAUUGUCUUUGAGACAGUAUUUGGAAGAGUAUCUCCCAAAAAUCGUCUGUAAUGCCGCUGGGACUGAAAAUUCGUCAAUGAUUCCAGAUUCCAUGCCAACACUACCAUGUUUGUCGCAUGAGGAUGUACUGAAACUUGAAGAGUGGAUUUCAGUGGAAGGAAACGAACAAAUAUUUGUCAAGUUCUUGGCACGAAUAGGUGGGAAGAAGUUGGAUCACGUUGUAAGAAGAAUUCUGGAAAGAGUUAUCAGCAACAACCUUGCAAAUGAUUACAACUGGACUGGAAAAAAACAGAAAAUAGCCUUGAGAGAAUUCAAAUUCAUCGAUGUAAUUGUCUGCGCAGUACAGAACAACAAGUGUACUUCCAGUGCUACAGAUGAAGAAAUUCAGACAAUAAUAAGAAAUUGGUUUCGAUUUUCCAAAGACCGUGAUGGAGGUCAAGAAAAAAGAAGAAUGGCUCCACCACCUAAUCACAUGUAACCAUAAGUACCGUACCAAAUAUGACUACCUAUUACUUGGUGUAUUUAGUAUCUUGAUCUUUUAAAAAUGAUUCCAGUCAGGUGGAGUAGUGGCAUCAGUAUUUUGGUAACAUGCAUUAUUUAUAACAUACUAUAUUUUUAUGCAUAUGAAUUUUAAAAGUUGAUAACUACUAGAUAAUUCAAUGUUUUUUUAUUACUAUUAAAAUGAAUGUCAACAAGAGUCUUAGAACACAACAACGGUUUUGCAAGAAACGCGAAGAAGCAAUUGUUCAUGAGUUGAAAGAAUCUAUUUAUUCAGAAUUGUCAACGCAACCUGAGCCCUCAUCUGGAGAUGACCAUUUCAGUGCUACUACAAAUAGCGGUUUUUUUCCUUCCCAGACUGGUCUGUCAGUUGAUGACUGGAAUGAUUUUGGAAAAGAUUAUGAUUCUAACACCUCAAUCACUAGUGCAUCCUCUGUUGAGGACAACAAAAACCACUGCCCUUCUAUUUUGGAUUUGUUAAGAAAGUUGGUAUUAUGGUCAAUACAAUACAACAUACCUAACUCUGCAACUACAGCUUUGUUGCACAUUUUGAAUCCUUUCUUGCCUGGUCUGCCUCUUGAUGCUAGAUCUCUGUUAAGCACACCUCGAAGCUGUGGAGUUGAGUCAUGUGGAGAUGGAAAAUUCAAAUACUUUGGUAUUAAGAGUCACUUACUUGAAAAAAUUCCAAAUUUUAUUCCAUCUUACCACCCAAUAAUGGAACCUGUUGCAAAAGAUUUUCUUGAGCAGGGUACAAGCUUAAUAACUGUAUCAAUUAAUGUUGAUGGACUCCCCAUCUCAUCCAGCUCAACCAAGUCUUUUUGGCCUAUUCUAGGCGUGGUUGAUCAAAAUAUUGAACGCCAACCUUUUUUAAUUGGUAUUUACUGUGGAGAUUCAAAACCAGUUUCUUCUAAUACUUUUCUCUUAAGUUUGUAAAACUCGGUUUAUCUAUUGAACUAAAUUAUGACUUUGGAUAUAAAUAUUCAACACAGUUAUUUUUACUGUUGUGUGAAAAUCAAGUUUCGGAUGUGACAUUUCUCAAGUGAAUUUUGAUAGUGGCAACUGCAUGUUGUCAUUUCUUUAAGAAUUUUAUUACUUAUGCUUAAGAAUAUUAUUGAAAUUUCUUGAUGGAGAUUUUUCUUUUUCUCUACUAUUGUAAUAAGAGUAGCCUAUAGGUUAAUUUGUUUGAUACUGUACUUACGAUUAUUACUACUAUUUUAUUAUAACGGUAGCCUACUUACAAUGUUUUAGUAAUAGGUACAAAAAAUGAGUACACUGCUCUGAUAGUGUAUCAAACCAAACUUGGGAAGAUAAACGUAGUGUGGAAAGUCAAGUUUUGGAUAUAGCAUUUUUCAAGUGAAUUUUGAUAGUGGCAAAUUUGAAAUAACUCUUCUGGCUCUGCUUAAUGAAUGCAUACCUCAUCUAUGAUCUUUCUUAAGUCCUUUCUACACGGAGCCUUCUGAUACAGAAGAAUAAUACGACAAUUUGAUACAGA